UCGUUGCUUAUUGUUCUACCACGCGACCCAGACGUGAUCGUGUUGGAAAAUAUAUACGCGCGACUAUGCUUUCACCCGCGUUCCCGAUCUAUGUUGAUUGUCUCACGUUCGUGAUCGCCCUCGCGGCCGCGCCGAUCAGUCGUGUUCCGCGUGGAACGUAGAGGACUUUCCGGAUAUAAUGCGUUGAAGUACGUUGUAGUAUAUACGCGUGCGAGAGAGAGAGAAAGAGAGAGAGAGAGCGAGAGCGUGGCACCUCCGCUCUCCGAUAGUAGCUUCUGGUAGUUUCAUGAGCAACGAUUCGAUUUUCGACAUCUCUCGCUCUCUCGGUGACGCGCGCCUCGUGAUUUAUACACGCCUUUGUUCGACGAAGUCGAUCUACGAUGCCGCCGCCACCACCGCCGCCGUCGUCGCCGCCGUCACCGCCGUCGCCGCCGACGUUCCCGGUGGAGUGUUUUGCAAUUGAUCAAGUUGAGAUAGACGAAGAUCAUCCAGAGACAUCUAAAUUUCUGUUGACACCUGAAGAUACGGAACGUUCUGUGGAUCCUGAGACUCAAGCGCGUCUCGAGGCCCUCCUCGAGGCGGCUGGUAUCGGGAAAUUGUCAUCGGGUGAUGGGAAGCACUUGGCCGACCACGAAGUGCUUCGACGUUUAACAUCUAGUGUUUCUUGUGCAUUGGAUGAAGCGGCAGCAGCAUUAACACGUAUGCGCAGUGACAAUCCACGCACACCUAACGAAAAGCGCACUCUUAUAGAGGCGUGUACCGACGGUGACGUCGGUACCGUUAGAAAAUUGUUAACAGAAGGACGGAGUGUUCACGAAACUACCGAGGAGGGAGAGAGCUUACUCUCCUUGGCUUGCUCAGCGGGUUACUACGAACUUGCUCAGGUUCUAUUAGCAAUGAAUGCUAACGUGGAAGAUCGUGGUAUUAAAGGGGAUUGCACCCCUUUGAUGGAGGCUGCCAGUGCUGGACAUGUGGAUAUCGUGAGCUUACUUAUCGCUCAUGGUGCCGAUGUCAAUGCUCAGUCGACUUCGGGCAAUACACCUCUCAUGUAUGGGUGUGCUGGUGGUCAUGAGGAAGUAGUACGUGUCCUUUUGGAAGCAGGAGCUAACGUUGAAGAUCAUAAUGAGAACGGCCAUACACCUUUGAUGGAAGCAGCAAGUGCCGGACAUGUUCCAGUUGCCAAGAUCUUGCUGGAACAUGGUGCUGGUAUCAACACUCAUUCCAAUGAAUUUAAAGAAUCUGCCCUAACAUUGGCCUGUUAUAAAGGACACUUAGAGAUGGUUCGAUUUUUAUUGGAAGCUGGCGCAGAUCAGGAACAUAAAACGGAUGAGAUGCAUACAGCGCUUAUGGAAGCGUCGAUGGAUGGUCAUGUAGAAGUGGCACGUUUACUUUUAGACUCAGGUGCCCAAGUAAAUAUGCCGACCGAUAGUUUUGAGUCUCCAUUGACAUUAGCAGCUUGCGGAGGUCACGUGGACCUAGCGAUGCUUCUCAUCGAACGCGGUGCAAACAUCGAAGAAGUUAAUGACGAAGGUUACACGCCUUUGAUGGAGGCAGCACGCGAGGGCCACGAGGAAAUGGUUGCGUUACUUUUAAGUCAAGGUGCAAACAUCAAUGCACAAACUGAGGAAACUCAGGAGACGGCACUUACAUUGGCUUGCUGCGGCGGUUUCCUUGAAGUAGCUGAUUUUUUAAUCAAAGCGGGCGCUGACGUCGAAUUGGGAGCAUCCACCCCUCUAAUGGAAGCUGCCCAAGAAGGACACUUAGAUCUUGUUCGAUAUUUGCUAGAGUCGACGUCGGACGUUCACGCUCAAACGCAAACGGGAGAUACAGCGUUAACGUAUGCCUGUGAAAAUGGCCAUACUGACGUUGCUGAUCUCCUACUUCAAUAUGGAGCUGAUCUGGAACACGAAUCGGAGGGAGGUAGGACUCCGCUCAUGAAAGCCUGUAGGGCUGGUCAUUUGUGUACAGUUCAAUUCCUCAUCUCAAAGCGUGCUGAUGUCAAUCGGCAGACUACGAACAAUGACCAUACUCCUCUUUCACUGGCGUGUGCUGGUGGUCAUAUUGCUGUUGUCGAACUACUCUUGGCGCAAUCGGCUAAUCCGUUUCAUAAAUUGAAGGAUAACUCCACCAUGCUGAUUGAAGCAGCAAAGGGUGGUCAUACGGCUGUUGUGCAACUCCUAUUGGAUUAUCCUCAUAGCAUUAUGAUGGGCGCGCCGCACAAUGGCGCACCUGCUCCUAUGUUAUUACCGCAACAACAACAGCAGCAACAACAACAACAACAACAACAACAACAACAACCACCGCCGCCGCAGCAGCAGCAGCAGCAGCAGCAGCAGCCGCAACAGCAACAGCAGUCGCAGCAUCAGCAACAUAUAAGUCAUCAGCAACAUGUACCUCAUCCGCAAACGUCCGCGCAACCUCAGCAGCAACACCCGCAGCAGCAGCAGCAGCAGCAGCAGCAAACUGCAGAGCAACAACAAGCGCAAAAUCUCCAACCUAAACAUAAUACGCAAAAGUCAUUGUUAAGGAAAAAUCGAUCUGUGACCAUGAUGCCCGACAUGAGCCUUACCUCAGCCGAAGCGCAACAAGUUCGUUCGCAGCCCGCAGGAGAAUCUGUUGCUACUACCAAGGAUGAUACCAAUAUCCUCGAUAAAGGCAGCGGAGGGUUCACGAGUCUAUCAGAACCCAAUAUUAGCCUUAGCCCAACUUCAGCGUCAACGCAAGGGGUAAAUGUCACCGAAAGUCGGAAAAAUACUAGACAAGAACAAAUCCUUCAUAAGCAACAAAUACUUGAAGAACUACAAAGGGUAGAGCGGGAAUUGCAGAGCAAGGGUGCGGGACAUUUGUUUUCUGGUCCACGAAAUUCCAUAAUAAAUCAACCUCAACAGCAAACCCAGCAGCAGGAUCCUACAGAAGCAGAAGCAUUAUUACCUGGAAUGUUGAACAUUGAUUUACCAACUCAGUCGGCGACAUCUCCGCAUGGUCUAGUGUGCAGUACCACCGGUAUGUCUGGCACCUCGUUGACAUACCAAGGAACUAGCGAUGCGGCGUUGGUCUGCAGUGCUUAUCUCGACGGCAAGAUAAUGGGACUGCAGCAGUUUCAAAAAACAUUAUCCGUAGCUCCGACCGCGGCGGAGACGUUCCCCACGAAUACAUUUCCCUCGUCGCCACCCUUGACACUCGCUCCACUACCUGCCACGACUGCCGUUUCGUUGGUUACCUCCAACACGUCCUCAACCACCACGCCGAGCCCGCCGAGUAUCUCCACUCCUCCGACUGUUAUAGCUGUUUCCCAGCCUAUUACCGCGAGCAGCGACGUUAGCCAGAACACUGCUAUAAGCGACCGCCCGAAGGCUAAGCCAGUGUCUAAGAAGGAAGGCAAAAACGUGCGAAAAGCAGCGAGCGGUAUGGCGGUGGCUAAGUUGCAGCAGACGCAGGCAAGCCUGAUGGCCGGACUUCAGCAGCAAUAUCAACAGAAGCAACGUCAACAUACCUAUCAAGUACAACAGGUUCAUCAAUUGCAGCAACUUAAUCAGCAGUUGCAACUCCAGCUAGACCAAGUACAGAUACAACAACAGCAGCAGCAACAACUGCAGCAACCGCAGACGCAACCGCAGCAACCUCAGCAGCAACAGGCCCAGCAACAAACUAAUGUAGUCGGUAAUAAUGCGAGUAGCAUACUCAUGCCCACUCAGUUGAUGUCGCAUUUACACCCUACACAUACUCACCACUUACAUAGCCAGCAAACACCGCAAGAAAAUCUUCCCGAGCAAACGGAUCCCGAAUUGGCGCGGAAGUAUAGAGAAAGCGCUUGUGCAUUUUUUACCGGGGCUCAGAAAUCUAAAACCUUCUCCGCUAACGAAAGAGUCUUGAAAUUGGAGGACGGCACUGACAUACCGAUCGAUGAUGCGUUUGAAAUUUUUCGCUCCAUCAGUUUCGACGAUGCUGUAGAUGCUACAGAAGAUCAAGAGAAACUUGAAUUGAAGAGAUUGGAGGUAUCCGGCAAUAAGGAGCAACAACAACACCCGCAGCAACAGCAGCAACAACCGCAGCAACAGCAGCAGCAGCAGCAGCAGCAACACUUGCAAACCACCCAAAUAGUUCAACAAAGUGGAAGUCCUCAUGCGUCCCAAGAAUAUUUUACCGGUCCCGUGUUGUCAGUACCAUCAGUCUCCCUGCCGACUUUACCAUCGCUACAAGUGACUAGUUCUGGCGUUCAGAUAGAAGCAGACAUAUCAACUGGCUUGCAAUUAACGAGCACACAGUCCUUACAAAAUCCGGCAUUGAAGAAUCGUCUGAGAGCUUUUGAAGAAGGCUUUCGUCAAGGUAGUAUACACUUCCGCGAAUGUAUGCAGCAUAUUAGCAGCGAUACUUUCCAGCCGCAGUUGCUGCUGCAGUCUUCUCAAAUAACGUUCCCCACGCAAACAUUGCCACCAGUGAGCGGAGCGACCGGGAUAAUAGAUAGCAUACCUCACCAGUCGAGCGGAUAUGCACAGUCCACAGCUUGCAGCACCAAUCAAGUGCAGGUCGCUACCCAGACCCAGGCGCCGGCCACCACCACCGCGGCGAACGUCGUCGCACCCGACAAGAAGCAAGUAUACACCGCGCCGACCACCGGCAAGGGCAAGAAAGCCAGAUACCCGGUCUUGUCCCAGCAGCAGUCUUGCCAGCAACCACAAACUGCCAAUGCUCAACCGACUCCGAAUUUUCCCGCCCAGAACUAUCAGCUGGACCCGGCUGCAGUUGGAGGUUACGCGACCAAUCAAGUCCCACCCGCGGCCUUCUCAUGCAUGGACGUUGACUCGGAAACGGACAGUAACCAUGACACUGCGUUGACUUUAGCUUGCGCAGGUGGCCAUGAGGAUCUAGUUGAACUUUUGCUGAGCCGAGGCGCAGAUAUAGAGCAUAGGGAUAAAAAGGGAUUCACGCCUCUUAUUCUGGCCGCAACGGCUGGCCAUCAAAAGGUGGUGGAGAUACUGCUAAAUCACGGGGCGGACAUAGAAGCGCAAUCCGAACGCACCAAGGACACGCCGUUGUCGCUCGCGUGCAGUGGCGGCCGAUACGAAGUGGUCGAGCUCUUGCUCAAUCGCGGCGCGAACAAGGAACAUCGAAAUGUAUCCGAUUACACUCCAUUGAGUCUCGCGGCAUCCGGUGGCUAUGUGAAUAUAAUAAAACUCCUGCUUAACCACGGUGCCGAAAUAAAUUCUCGCACCGGCUCCAAGUUGGGCAUUUCUCCGCUGAUGCUUGCUGCUAUGAAUGGCCACACCGCGGCAGUGAAGUUACUCUUGGACAUGGGCAGUGAUAUUAACGCCCAGAUCGAAACGAAUCGCAAUACAGCGUUAACGCUCGCGUGUUUCCAAGGAAGACACGAAGUGGUUAGUCUUUUGCUUGACCGAAAGGCCAAUGUCGAACAUCGAGCGAAGACUGGGCUCACACCUUUGAUGGAGGCAGCGAGUGGUGGAUACGUUGAAGUUGGACGAGUACUGCUUACGAAGGGCGCAGAUGUCAACGCGACGCCGGUCCCAUCAUCUCGUGACACCGCUCUCACCAUCGCUGCUGAUAAAGGUCACUGCCGUUUCGUUGAACUUCUACUUUCAAGGGGAACUCAAGUCGAGGUGAAGAACAAGAAAGGGAAUAGCCCGUUGUGGUUAGCCGCAAAUGGUGGACAUCUCAAUGUUGUAGAUUUACUGUACCAUGCGGGUGCGGACAUCGAUUCGCAAGAUAAUCGCAAGGUUUCCUGUUUAAUGGCCGCAUUCCGAAAGGGCCACAUCAAAGUGGUAAAGUGGAUGGUGAAUCAUGUAACGCAAUUUCCGAGCGAUCAGGAAAUGACGAGAUACGUAGCAACCAUCAGCGACAAGGAACUUCUUGAGAAGUGUCAGGAAUGUGUUAAAGUGAUAAGAGCGGCUAAGGAGACACAGGCCGCUAAAGCAAAUAAGAAUGCCACGAUACUGUUGGAGGAACUUGAUAUGGAAAAGACCAGGGAGGAAUCGAAAAAAGCAGCAGCGGCGCGAAGACGAGAGAGGAAGAAAAAAAAGAAGCUGGAGAAAAAGGAGGAGAAACGCAAAAUGCACGAGGAAUACAAGAAGAACGAAACAGCCUACGAGGAUAAAGAAGAUAACGGGAAGAAGUCAGGUGACGAGGAAUGUGACAGGGCAGACGACAGCGAACACGAAGGCGGCGACGGUUGCGAAAGAAUAGAAAGCGUACCAUCGCCCGUGAACAGAAGUCCGGAGGAUCCCGAUCGGGAGGAGGGUGACAGUGGAAUCGAUGCAAAUAGCCAGGGUAGUUGCAGUAGCAACGACGUGAAGGCUCGAGACAAGAAAAAGGACAAGAAAAAGAAGAAGAGUAAUAAUCCUAAUAACAAUGAGAAAGACACGUCCCCUCAGCGCUCACCCAAAACGCUUCUCACACAAAACACUGCAUUAUCUCAAAAUUCAACGACCUCAACUAAAUCCCAAAGUACUUCGGAUAAAAGGAUUCUGACUAACGUUACCAGCGGAAUGUCUGUAUGUACAACUUCGGCCACGACCACAAGAGCCUCCACCACGAUCAAUUGUACCGAUCGAAAACUGAAGGGUCAGUUGGUCUUUGAAUCUUCCAGACAUCCAGCCGACAGAGAGGAUUUUGAAGCAACUGGUAACGAGACUUAUGUUCCUGGAAAGGGAAAAAAAUCUUACAACAAUCAGUACGACGGAGAUACCUUAAACACAUCGUCGAAGACAAAUAACACGACAAGUCCUAAGCAAGGUGGAAAACGCGAAGAAGGCUGGAAGGAGGUUGUACGAAAAGGACAAUCCGACGAUUCCGGCAGAUUUAUGAAUUCACCAUUCCGCUCCAAGAAGGUAUCCGUACCACCAAAUGCUAUUAGUCGUGUAAUCGGUAGAGGUGGCAGCAACAUCAACGCUAUUAGGGCUGCAACCGGUGCGCACAUUGAAGUUGAGAAGCAAAGCAAAAGCCAAGGAGAAAGAAUCAUCACGAUCAAGGGAUCAUCCGAAGCGAUGAAACAAGCCUUUACCUUGAUAACGGCGCUCAUUAAAGAUCCAGACGUCGACAUAAUACAAAUGCUUCCGAAAUCAAAAACUACGACCGCGACCACCUCUUCGUGGGAUAAAGCUGUAUCUACUGUUGCUGCAAGUAAAACAAAAGUCGGUUCUGUAAAUAAAGCUCCUAGUUUGGCAUCCAGUACAACCAGCACUCAAAUUAAUAAGUCCGGAUACUCAUCGGGCGUAUCUACUGUAAAUCCAUUGCUUCCUCUACGAUCUUCGUCCACUCUUAAACUAGCUGGUCCAUUCGCAGCUUCAUUGCCACGUGCGACAGCUCCUAGACUUGUUGCCGCAGCGGAGAAACGUGCACAAGCCGUCGCCGCGCAGUUGGCCUCUUCGACGAACACCAAGACGACAAUGUCGUACACGAGUGCCAUCAUGACCGCUGGCAGGGCAACGAAAAUCGUCACUACCAGCACGACGCAGACAUUCGCGGCGAAACUCUCGGAGAUCACUGCCUCGACUCACACCUCCACCACCGUCAUGCAAUCCACCCACACCACGGUGAACAAGCAGAAGCCGUUGCAGCAAGCCAGCACCGUGACCGUCAUGUCGUCGGCCACGUCAGUCGCCGCGGCAACCGCUCAGACAUCCAGUCAGCAGUCCGUAAUCAGUACAUCGCCGAAACACUGCCGACCACUGCCCACUGCCUUGCCUGCCGCCCCGCCGACGAUGACGUCUCAUUAUCCAGGAGGCAAGUCGACCUACCCACCGGCCGGCACGAGCGCGAUCUCGUUGUCCACGAGCACCGCGGCGACCAAUUGUUCGGAGAGCUCUAUCGUCUCGACAUCUGCCAAUUCCGUACGAGUGACACCUUCGCCGCCCGUUGUAUCGUCGCAGGCGCUAGCAUUACCACCGCAGCAGCAGCAGCAGCAACAACAGCAAUCGCAACAGCAACAGCAGCAGCAGCAGCAGCAACAAUCUCAGCCGCAAGCACGCAGCAACACGCCGAUUACGAGCAUGCAAGAACAUCAACAGCAGCAGCAUCAACAUCAGCAGCAACAACAGUCCAAUAGCACUCCACUCGAGUAUUCUUUAUUCAACGAUACGUUCACCAAGGUCACGCAACAGUCGAUGUGGGGUGGCAGAGACAAUGAAUCUCAAAAGGGUAUGAACUUCGCAACUGUUGCUGGUGGUGGAGUAUCGAUGAAUACGUCGGGUUCGUCCACGGCUAAAUUUGACAGCUCUCCGCCGCAGGUGGACGCGUCCAAAGCACCGGGGUAUCGUGGCACAACCAUGUGCUCGCCCGUGUCCAGCAAGUCGAGUGGCACGAACAACACGUCGACCAAUGUGAUCGGCAGCGGCGUGUCGUCCAGCUCGGUGCACAAUCCCAUUCAGCCCCCGCAAUUUCAAUCCUCCACGAGCUACACCGAGCACCCCCUUCCACCGAGCAAACCGCCCGGCAGUCUAGCAGUGGCAAGACCGGUGAUCCCGCAGCCAAGCAUGGAGAUGGGCACGAGCAUGACGCAGUUCAAUCGGCCGGUCUUUCAGGGCGAACUUACCUCGCGUAACACCACCGCGCAUCAGGCCCCUCAUGUGAUACCAUCGACAUCGCAGCCUGCAUUGGACGUCGGCUUGUUCAAGACGAACAGCGGCGGCGCGUACGAGCAUCCGAACGUGAACUCGAGCUUGUUGAAGAUGGUGCCGAACGACAGUCAAAGCGGCGGUCACCCUUUAUUGCCGUUCCACCCGCACAUGCAGAGUUACGCACAGACUGCCAUCGCCCCAUCCGCAUCUGUGAACACCACCGUCAGUAUGUCAAGGUUGAAUCCGCGCGCGCCAGACUUUUCCAGCUCGUUGCAUCUCAAUAGCAAGCAGCAGCAGGUCACCAUGUUCAACACCGGCUCGGCCACGCUCCACCCGGGCACAAUAUUCCCAACCGUACCGGCACCACCGCCGCCAGCGCCGCUACAGUCCAGCAACAUCACGAUGCUCGGUAGCUUUCCCCUGGGCAAAUACCAGGCGCCCUCGCGAGCAGCCCCGGCGAACACUGGCAUCUCGACGAAUCCGCAGACCCGCUGGCCGUUUGCUCCAGGCCCGCACAGCAGUUACCCACCGCCACCGCCGCAUCAGGACCCCAUGAUGGGCCAGAUCGGCUUCUCCAAUCAUUUGGCGAACAUAAACGCGCAGCCCGGCAGCAUCGAUCUGAUCACGAGUCUGGAGAAUGGCGGCUCGCCGGCUAUAUCCCCGUCGUCGCCGGCGCAGGUUGCCCAGGAGAUGAGCCAGCUGAAGAUCGAGGACCGAAAAGUGCCACGGCCGAUUGGUACCGAGAGGGCAUGGAAGAAUUAUACCGCAACGGGCAUAGGUCCUGGCGGCGACGCCGAUCCUAUCAAUUGGAUACUGAACGACAAGAUGGUUGGUUCAUGGACCGGUCUGACGCCUGGCAUCGACAGGCAUCAGAUGUUCCGAACAAACGCCGCUUACAAUCGUAUAUCCAAUGUCGAGCCGGAACUGCACCAGAUGAUGGAGACAUCUUUCCAGGGCCAUGUGGAUACCCAGCAACCUUUCCCUAACGGUAAUGCCCCGGCUCUGUCGCUUAUGCCGGGAUUGGCGUUGCUACCGGGACAGUUUGGAGCACCGAGUUUGACGGAAAUACCCCCCAACGAACCGAAUAAGAUAGAUCCACCCGCGUGGGGGUUGCCAGACACCGUGCAAGACAAACAGCAUCCGGCGGUAGGAUCCCCUCAGUGUUACUGUUAUACACGAUGCGUCCAGGCUUGGGCAUGGAACAAGUGGACUCAUUAAAGGAUGAAAACUGAUCUUGUCGGCGUAGCUUCAUCAAGUCCUUACCUCGGUGCAAGAAAAACAUAAACAUAAACACAAGCAUACCUGCGAUCCGAAGUAGUACGAUAGACGGGAUUGGAACUAUUACGGAACUAUUACGGAGCGUCGUUUAUAAAAAAAAAAUUUCCAUCUUAUGAACCUAUUAUUAUAUUCGUUCAAGCCUAGAUUUCUCGAUAUUGCUUGUCACACUAGACGAUAUAAGGCAAAAGAGAUCUUUAAUUGUCUACCUUAUUGUUAUUAGUAUCAAAAUGAUGAUGAUGAUGAUAAUGAUAAUGAUUAUAAUGCUGAAAAUUAUGAUGAUUAUCGAGUAUGAAAAAUAGAAAAAAAAAUACCGAGCUAGCGUCGACUAACGAAGGAACAGCCGUCCGAUGCGAGGAUCUUAUAUCUCGGGUUUCUGCUCCUUCUCUUGGCCGCGCGCUUUCAUGCUGCGCAUCGUACUAAUUAAUAAUAAGUAAUACAAGGCUAAUAACGAUAAUUGUGUUCUCUUCUAUUUUCUCGCUGGUAAUGAUGGUCUAAAUUCUCGCGAUGCCCCGGACGAAAAAAAAAAAGAUAAAAGAUAAAAAGGGAAAGAAACUUCUCGAACCGCGACGACACCCUUCAAAUCCAAAUGCACACGCGCACGAUGUUACACAAGUCGCCCACCCUUCGGCUUCUGCAAUAUAACGAUGAUGAAGAAUCGCGCGAAGGGAGCAAUUCGAACGGUUGCGAUAGGACACGCUUUCUGUUGAAUUAUGAGUUAUUUGCAUUUUUGGGACAACUAUUGGCUUCUAGUAUUCAAUCGAGCAAUCGGGCGAUCGUUGACGAAGAUAGUUCGUGUGUGUUACUUAUCCGCACUGUAAAGAACGCUAUAAUAGGUUCAAGUACUGUAGUAAUACUAGUAGCACUAGUACGAUACAGUUGUGUAAAUAAUUGCUUCGCGAAUGAGAUUUCGAUUACUUCCACGCUGUAAAGCGAGACCGAAGAAGACACGGGGAACGAAGGAUGAUAAGGACGUAAAAGUUGAAGAAGAGAUCGAGAGCGAUCCCGAGAGAGGACUACUGACUUAUAUCGGACCUGGAUACACAUUUACUCUCUUCCACAUCUCUGUUGGUGCACAGACAUAACAUACACAUACACACACCUGUAUACACACCUGCUGUGCUCGUUAUUGCUUGAGUCGUCACAGUUGUUAGUACUCUACGAUUCUGAGCCGUUUGUUCGCCGAUUCCACCGAUCGCCCUUCUCAUCGUGCGUUUCAGCUGAUUAAGCGUAGCACCUGCUUCGCAUUGACGAGCGAAACGCGCGUGAUUCCCUCGCCCCCUCUGUGCCGUACGCUGGUGCUGCAUUAAUAACGAGAGAACGAGAUUACACGAACGAAAACACGAAUGAACGAGACGAGAGAACGAUGUUGUUCCCGCGAUCACGAGCUUUUGGUUCAUCGCCAAUCGUCACUUGCACGCGCUACCGUGCCCCUCCUUUUAUUUCAUAUAGCGUCAGUUAUUGAUCAACGUAACAAUCGUGCUCCGUUGUAAGGCAGAUUAAACCGACACAGAUUAUCGUACGAUACUCGUAGCGAGUUUUUAUGAAGCACACAACACAUAGCCGCGUGCUCGAUUACAUAAACACACAUAUACACACACACGUACACACAUUGUGCACACACAUACACACACGCGUAAAAUGACCAGUUUCUCGAAAUCGAAUUUACGUAAGCAUUACAGAAUUGUCGGCACGAAUCGAAUACACACUGUAUUAAUAAUAUAUUAUAUUACGUAUACCGAAUCCUAUUCAGAUCAAUGAAUACUGUUCAUUGUUAAAAUGGUAGCGGGCCGCCAACGCAUAAAAA